AUGCUUGAUCCUCUUGAAUAGAAACUAUAAGAAAGCCAAUCUAUUUAUAGCUAUAUCAAGUCAGAAAUUAGUUUUGAUAAAAAAGAAUAUGCUAUUUAGCAAAAUAUUCUUGAUUAAAUUGACAAUUCAUUCUAAUCUGAACUCUUAGAGAAAAAUGCCAAUAAUUAGUCAUUUAUAAAAGAUAAAUUAGACGUUAGCAAAUUAUAGGACUCAGUUUACUCUGAAUCUUAGAUUCUGAAUUUGUGGUAGUUUUAGAAUCCUAAAAGAAACAGUAUUUUAUAAAAUCAAAACACUCUUGCUAAAAAUGACCCACUAGAUGGACUACGCUUUUAAAAGUAUAAAAUAGAAUAUGAGAGAAUAUUGGAUUCUGCUAUUAUUUAAACAGCUGUUUAUGCUAAUUCAUAAGAUGAUAAGAUAAUCAUAGGGUAGGACAUAUCGAAAGCCUUGUUAUUGUAAAAUGAUUUGAGUGCAAAUUCAGAAGUACUUAAUUUUGAACAUAAAAUAAUCUCAAUUUUUGAGUUUGGUCAAUUCAUCUUUUGUGGAGCUUAAAACAAACUUGUAAUAAUUGUUGAUCUUAAUUCUUAUGAAGUUGUUGGUGAAGUAAAAACUAAUGAGAAUGUUUAGAAAAUUAUUAGUUAUGAAACAGAAUUCCCAAAUAAAUAGCUAAUGAUAGUAUUUCUAGAAAAAUAAGGGUUCAUAGAGUUUUAUGAUCCUUAAUAGGAAUGUAUUAUUUUGUAAAAGUAGCUUUCUUGCGGAUUUAACAUUAAUGAUGGUUUUUAGGUUUCUAGUCAAAAUGAAAUUUGUUUGGCAUUUGCUCAUUUAGAAAAUAGGUAAUAUAUUUAAGGAAAAUUGAGCUUUAUUCGAUAAAUAAAUCAAAAUUAGUUCAUCUUAUGCUUGAAGAGCUAAAAAUUCUAAAUUAUUGAUAAAAAUGUAAAAAGAGAUGUAAUGGUGGAGAUACAGAAUCCAUCAAAUAGUUUGAACUUUAAUUGUUUAAUCAAGCCUGACAACUUUUCUGAAAAUUAUCCUUAUAUCUUUUAUAAGGAUGCGAAGUCUAUAGGUGUAAUUAACUGUAUUACAAUGCAAGCAAGAGUAAUAGUCUAGAAUAACACUUACCAUAGAUGCGCAAAUAUCUAUGGGAUGCUUGAUGAAGAAAAUUAAAGCAAAUGGCAUUAGCUUAAAAAAAUUCAUGAUUAAUUCGAAUUAUGA